UGUAUAUAUUAUAUAUACCAGAAUUGCUCGUUUAAAGGUAUAAGAUAGAUGGUAGGAUCGUAUAGAUGUACUAUACCGCGUGCGCCCGUGUGGGACAGAAGAACAUUCGGCAUGAGCCAAAUAAGAAAAAAAUCAAAAGCGCCUCAAAACUGUACCUACUGCAAACACCAAGUGACAAUGGCACAUUUGCAAGUGCCACUUAACCACUAAAUGUUAUAACUACCCGAAAAUUUACAAAUUGUUAGUUUACUUUUAUUUAAACACCUAAAGAUACAGAGUAUAAUGCGACAAAAUUAAAAAUACGUUAUAUCAUUCUUGACAACAUACCAAAAAUAACCUACGUAAUUUGGUCUGGUUCAUUGUUACCCAUUUUACUCACCAUAAAAAACAGUGGGCAACAAAAAACAUCUACGCCACUUGGGACUUUUUACAAGUACUCAGGACAAAUGAGACUAUGAGAUGAGCUUUGCUAUUUCUACUGAAAGUUCCAUAAGAGCAUCUCGUUCGGUCAUCUCCCCCCUCCCCCAUUUUGUAUCUAUAUUAUUGUACCUCUAUUAUUCAUAUUGUGACGGGCUUUAGCUCAUCUGUUAAAAGUAAGGUUCAUGUUUCUGAACGUGUAUGUAUUACGUCGUAAUCCGAACAUCAUUUUCGAACGUACACCUUCACGUCGAACUUUGACAGUUGUCAGUUCAUGACUUGUGAUAUUUUUGUUCUGUAUGUUUAGAAACAACACACAACACACAUUUCUGUACCAAAAGAAUAUGAGCUAAAUACAUAUUUCCGAAGAUGAAUUGCACUUUAGAAGAAAGCACAACAGAAAAGAUAUCGCCGCUGCUGGAAAAAAUAAUAAGUAGAAUAAAGUCUCAAAGCAACGCGCAUGAAUCUACGCAAAAAGAUUAUAUGUUUAUACUGAUUGUAGUUUUAAUGAUUGAAAAUGGAUUUAUACCUAUGAAAAGUGACUCAGAGCUGUUACACGACGUUGAAUUCCUUGACGCAGAGCAGUUGACUAAGUGGAAGAAUAACUCUUCUAUUUAUGAAGCAGUUUUUUCAAUGCCUGGCAUGGCUAGCUUUCCACUCAAAGUUAUAAUGAGCCCUUUGGGAGCAAUGGUACUACUCAAUGUUCUGAUCCACAAUUUAGACUCGGAGACGUAUUCAGUUUGUUUGCCUGUCAGUAGAUAUGUUGUGUCACCACAAGCAUCAAAAAUUCCAAUGAUUUUUCGGGAUUUGAAACAUUUGUCUACUGUAUUCAAGAAUAAAAUUUUGUCUGUAGUCAAAAGUAUUAUUCUUACAAAAUUAGGAUAUUCAAGUGCUAGUUUGAUUGGUGUACCAGAAGACGUGUUUAUAAAAAUUAUGUUAUACCUCCCUGUUAAUGAAAUAAUUCAAUUAUCUAUGUUAUGUAAAAGAUUAAAUUAUUUAAUUGAUAAUGAAACUUUGUGGCAUGAACUGUGUAAAAGAGACUUUAGCAAUCAGCUUAAAACCAGUUCUGAGGACUGGAAAGAAAUUUAUAGGGAGUUAUAUAUUGCAGAACACAAUAGAAAACUACCAGAAACUCACCGUUUAGCUGGGAGUAUGCAUGAUCAUAUGGAUUAUUCGGAUUUUGUAUCUUAUAUUGAUAACCCCAUGUGGGAUGUAAUAAUAUAAAUGAAGAAAUAA